CGAAAGCACCAGUGCAGGAGGAUGUAAACAAAAAACUUCAGCAACUUUUCGGGCUCUGAAUUUGGGGUAAAAAAUGGAGAAAUAUUAAAAUCAGACUACAGCCGAUGUCGGCGGAGUGACGCUAAGAGCUGUGUGGAGUUGUUUAUCCGUCAGUCGGAGAUCCCGUCGCUGUUAUUUUAGCUUAUUUUACCAAAAACCGUCGCGCUUUUUCAGCAAAAUGUUGAGUUUCUUCGGGUUUCGGAAGGAUUCUGCCAAAAAAUCUCCAACUGAGAAAGAAACCGAUGGAUUUGUCAUUGUUGGUGAGACUCCUGAGGAGCAGAGGCAAAAAAUGCAGCCCUCAAACACUGUACAGCCAUCCACCAACGUCAUUGUGCAGCCAUCAAAGUCAUCCAGUGCGGGGCUGAGCAGAACUACAGAAGCUGUCCAGUCCACUCCAGUGGCGCCGACCGCUAAAUCCGCCGCAGAGCCGCAGAGCACAGAAGCCGCGCCGGCUCUUCCAGAGCUUCUGGGAGACAUACCGUUCACCUUGGCACCACAUGUCCUGGCCAUGCAGGCCGGCCUGCCCCUCAUACCAGAGUUCGUCCUGCCUCGGGACAUCAACGAAAACCUGGCCAGCUUCUGUUAUGACUUCACUCUGGAAAACUCAGUGCUCUAUGAGCCAUGAAGCCUGUCAGUUGAUCUAAACACUCCUAGGCCUUUCUUAGAGCAGCGGUUUGGCUAAAUUUAGAUUUAGAUUUACACUGUUUUCCCCCUUCUUACCCUAAAUGUGGUCGAUCAGCAUAGACAUGUUUGGUGUCUGAAGUUUGCUUCUUUAGUUUUGCGCUUGGGCUCUAGGGCUAAUGUAGCUAAUGAGUAAUGGAAGUUUAUAGCCCACCGAUUAGUACAAACUGCGAACAAACGGCCUAAAUCAGUACGCACAUCACACUUAUCUAAAAUACACUGAUCUGAAUCAGACUCGCUUAUGUGGUUUCAGUAUAAACAGUAUAUGUUUCUGUCCAUGUUUAUAGAUAACAGUAUGUCAUACAGUCAGAAACCACAUAAGCAAGAACAUUCAACUCGACACGGUUUGAAACAAGUAUGGUAACUUCAGCUGCUGUCACACUAGACAUUUGCACUUCAUGUUGCCUUCUGAAAUAGGCGUGACCAAGGCUGGACUGGAGGAUUGAUCCGAUGCAAAAACACAAAAGUGUGCAUAAUUAUACCAGAUGAUUAUAUACUUAUAAGAGCACAGUGCUGCUCGCCGAGUUGCAGCAACAACGUGUUGACCAGACCUUCCCAACCCCCAAGCUGCAGACCGAGACCAGGCUGUGGAUCGUUUUUUACUGGGCGUCAGCAGUGAAGCUGUGAGCUGGGGGGGAGUUUGUAGCCAAACUGCUGAAAUCCACUACUUUAUUAUCAUUACUGUACUUUACACCGAUCAGGCAUAACGUUCUGACCACCUCCUUGUUUCUGCGCUCAUUGUCCAUUUUAUCAUCUCCACUUACUAUAUAGGUGCACUUUAUUGUG